AUGGGCGGCGCUGAAUGCUUACCAUCAGGUAAUCCGUCUGCUCGUUUACCGACCGUGUCCAUGGGCGUCGCUGAUUGCUCACAGUCAGCAUGGACCGCUUCACGAGAGGAGAGGAGAGAGAGAAUGAAUGAUCGGGACGCAACUAUACAUCGGAGAAGCAUCCAUUACCAUUCGAAGAGGCACAUGCUGCCUGAGCCAGAUGCCAAGAGGAGAGUCACUACACCACGAGCCAGGGAGUUCAGAAAGAAGCCAUCAGGCCAUCUAACUCCCUUAGAAGAGGAUGACAUUGACAACGAUGAAGUGAUAUCCGUUGCAAUUGGCCCUCCUCCAAUCCGACCAAAAUACGACAAAGUCCACUGGAAACACCCUCCCAAGCCAGUAACACCAAACGUAUCGAACACCACAGCUUCCAACAUAGUUAAAGACGUAAUUGUCCAAUUAGGACGAGAAUUCCUAUCUAGGCAAGUAAGCGAAGAUUUCGUAUUCGGACAGUACGUUGGCAAUGCAAUGAAAAACUUAUCAGGAGAAAUCAAAUUGCGUAUGCAACAUGAAGUACUGGAACUCAUAGUGAAAUACCAGAAGAUGAAUCGAGGUGAACCUCCUAAACCAGAUGAGAAGAAUACCAGUACCAACAUCAAUAACAAUAAUAACAACAACGCUUUGCCGAUACUCAAGGAUAUGAAAAUAGAAAAAAAGUUUACGCCUGCUAACGACACUGAGGACACGUGGCCUGACUUCUCGAACUUAGCUAAGAUUGUUGGUUAA